CCGUCGAGGCGAUACGCGCAUGCAUCGGCAUGUGAAAAUGCACUGACACUGACAGUGAACGUUUGAACUCUCACCACCUCUUGUCCUCCUCGCCGUGCCCUUGUUCUCCGGAUCGCGUGUCUCGCAUUCGCCCCACACGGACUGCAUAGUACAACCCGCUUACGCCUCUAUCUAUCGGCUGCUACAACUGUCUUCGUCGCCCACGGACAUGUCGGUCUCGCGGCAUACGCUCAAGCAGCUGAAGUUCAUCCUGCCCGGAGGACUCAUCACGUAUUACUUGGAUAGCCACGCCGCUUUCUGGCGUGUAGUAAAUGCGGAUGCGGAUAUUGAUGGUUGGGGUCGCAUCGCUGCAUACGCCUCGCUAGGGUCAGCCACGCUGACUAUCAGCCUAUUCAUGUACAUCCUCUCGAUUCCUUUGCUACAAGGACAACAACCGAAUUAUCGUCGUUGGCGAGAGUCAGGCGUCUUGUCGUCAGUGAUCCCUCUGUUGACAGCAUCUAUCGUUGUGGGUUGGUCAUUACUAUCUUACACCCUCGGCCGGUGGUCGAAGUUCGGAGUCAUUGAGGGUGUAAUAGCCUCAUCCGGUUUAUAUGCCCUUACAUUCGGUCUUCUAGGGCUGAUACCUGCGCCAAAGGUUCCUCGACAAUGAUCGUCCACGACUUCAUUCUCCCCGACCCCAGUUCCUCUCACGAUGUUUAUUCGCAUUUGAUCUCUCAUAGUCGCGCAUAGCUUUGUUGCAGUCAUUUUCUCGUAAUUAUAGAUGUGCAAAUCCACCU